AUGAAGAUCCUUAUCAUCACAUUUAUCCUAAUCCUUUGGACGGAAACAUUGGCACAUCAGAGUCCAGAACCGGGUCCUGAGUAUGCAGAUGUCGUGUUUCUGGUGGACAGCUCUGAUGAGCUGGGAAUCAAGUCCUUACCCUUUGUGAGAACCUUCAUCACCAAGAUGAUCAACAGUCUCCCCAUAGGGACCAACAAGUACCGCGUGGCCCUGGCCCAGUACAGCAACACGCUGUACAAUGCAUUUGAACUGAGCAAGUUCAAGACCAAGAACCCCAUGUUGAACAGCGUCAAGAAUAACUUCGUGUUCCUCGGCGGCUCCCUGCACAUAGGAAAUGCUCUCCGAGAAGCUCACAGGAUCUAUUUCUCUGGAUCCUCAAAUGGGAGGGAUAAGAAGCAGUUUCCCCCUAUUUUGGUGGUCCUGGCUUCAGGCGAGUCCCAGGAUGAUGUGGAAGUGGCUGCCCAGGCCCUGAAGAAAGAUGGGGUGAGGAUCAUCUCCAUAGGGACGCAGAAGGCAUCUGAGGAAGACUUGAGGGCCAUGGCCACGGCUUCAUUUCACUACAAACUUCGGACCAUCAGAGACCUCAGCACGUUUUCCAGUAACAUGACACAGAUUAUCAGCGAUGCAACUAAGUAUAAAGAAGAUACAGCCAAGGACGACAAAAUAGUUCCCUUGUCUAGAGUUUGUCAGAGAAAUUCAGUUGCUGACAUUGUGUUCCUGGUGGAUACAUCAGUUGGGUCCAUGCAAAAUUUAAGGCACCUGCAGAACUUCCUGAGGAGCAUUGCCACUUCUCUGGAUGUGAGUAACAACUGCAUCCAGCUUGGACUGGUAAGUUACAGCAACAGAGCCGAGGUUGUUUCUUUCCUAAAGUCAAGCGCAACCAAGUCGGAAUUUCUGCAGCAAAUCGAGAAGCUUUCUGUCCAGGCUGGAAGAUCCAAUGCUGGGACUGCCCUUGAGACGCUGCGCCUAGAAGCCUUCUCAGAGUCCAAUGGCAGCAGAAGGAAACAGGGCGUGCCUCAGCUGGCAGUCGUGAUCACUCACAGGCCCUCAGAUCAGAGUGUGCGGGAGCUGGCGCUGAACCUUCGGCUGGAGGGCAUCUCUGUGUUCGCGCUGAGCAUCCAGGGGGCCAACAACACCCAGUUAGAAGAGAUAGCAUCGUACCCACCAGAAGAGAUGGUGUCCAAAUUGAAGACCUAUGCAGAUUUGGAACCUUACAAUAAGAACUUCCUGAAAAAGAUCCAGAAUAAAAUUUGGUUCCAGAUUUCUGCUCGUGCUAAACACAGGGAUAUUGAAAAAACUGGUUGUAAGGAUACAAAAGAGGCUGAUAUCUAUUUCCUCAUUGAUGGCUCAUCCAGCAUCCAGAGUACACACUUUCGGCAAAUCAAGAUAUUUAUGUCAGACAUGAUACAAAUGUUCACCAUUGGCCCAGACAAAGUUCGAGUUGGAGUUGUACAGUAUUCACAUAUUAUUGAAGAGGAAUUUGAUGUUGGUGACUAUUCCACUGAAAUGGAUUUACAAAAAGCUAUUUAUAACAUGAGACAGCUAAAAGGCAGCUCUAUUACUGGGGCAGCCCUGAAUUUUAUGCUGGAAAAAAUUAUGAAGGGAAGGACACAGAGGUCAAUCCAGGUUCCUCAAUACCUUAUUGUGCUAACCAGUGGGAAGUUUGCAGACAGAGUCCUAGAACCUGCUAAGAACCUAAGGGCCAACCACAUCACUGUUCAUGCAAUUGGCAUUGGGAAUGCCCAGAAAACACAACUACAGCAGAUUGCUGGAGUAGAAGAAAAGGUUCAUUUUGGGCAGAAUAUUGAUUCUUUGCAACGCAUAAAAGAUGAAAUUGUGUAUAGAAUCUGUGCUGAAAAAGGCGUGAUCAUCUUCUCUGUGGGCACGUACGGCGCCAAACAGCAGGAACUAGAGGAAAUCAGCGGGGACAGCAGCCGAGUGUUUUAUGUGGAGAACUUUGAUCAUCUGGAGAGCAUCGAAAAGCAGCUCAUCUUCCAGGUGUGCGCGCUGCACGAUUGUAAAGACAUGGACAUGCUAGACAUUGUGUUUGUCCUGGACCAGUCAAGCAGCAUCAAUCCAGAUCAGCAAAAAAGCAUGAUUAACCUAACGAUACACUUGGUGAAUAGAGCAAAUGUUGGCAGAGACCGGGUUCAGUUUGGAGCUCUCAAAUACUCAGAUAAUCCUGAGGUCAUUUUCCACCUUAAUAAAUACUCCAGCAAGUCAGACAUCAUUGAUAAUCUGAUGCAAUACAAGAGCAGUGGAGGGAAUACUUAUACUGCCAAGGCUCUCAAUUACUCAAAUAUGAUGUUCACGGAGGAAUACGGCAGCCGCAUCAAGCGAAAUGUGAAGCAGAUACUGAUCAUCAUCACUGAUGGGGUAUCCCAUGACAAAACGGAGCUUAACAGUACAGCCCUGAGAUUAAGGGACAGAGGCAUCACCAUCUAUGCAGUGGGUGUAAAAGACGCUAAGCAAGAUGAACUUGAGGCUAUGGCAGGAGAUAAAAAAAAGGCCAUUCAUGUAAGUGAUUUUAAAGAAUUGGAAAAAAUUUACCAGCGUCUCCAAGAAGAACUGUGUGAAGUUUCAUCAGAAGUCUGUGAUGGAGUAGCCGAUGUGAUUUUCCUUUGUGACAACUCCAGAGAAGUAUCUGCCACAGAGUUUUCUGAAAUCAAAACUUUAUUGUCAAACCUACCUGACAUGUUUGAUCUUCAGUCCAAAAAAAUUAAAAUUGGAGUGGCCCUUUUUGAGAGUCACUACAGUGAAAUUAUCAACUUGAGCGACUCUCUCACAAAAGCCUUGUGGAUAGCUAAAAUCCAAAGCCAGAAGGAGACUAACUUCGAUUUUGACAUCCACGCUGUCCUUAACCAAGUGGCAUAUAUGUUUGACAAAGGUGGGAGAAGAGAGGCAGGUGUCCCUCAGACCUUGGUGGUGAUCUCAAGCCGGCCUCCCAACAAGAAUAUAUCAGAGGCAGUUCAACGGUUCAAAGACCUGAAAAUCCGCAUCCUGGUUCUGGGCGUCGGAAAUCAUCCCAAAGACCAGUUUCUUCCAUUAACAGGGGAUUUCGAUAAAAUAACCGUCUUGGAAAACUUUGAUCAAUUAAAUGUUGUCGAACACAAAAAGAGAAUUGUCCGGGAAAUCUGCCAGCCUGUUAAGCCGAGUGAGUGUACCAUGAAUGUAGUGGUUGGCUUUGACAUUUCCACUCACGUGCCGGGGCAGCGCCUAUUGGACGGCCACCCCCGGCUGGAAUCAGCUCUCCCAGACAUCUUGGAGGAAAUCUCCUCCAUCAGCGGGGUGAGCUGCGGGGGAGGCUCCGAGAUGCAGGUGGCCAUGGCCUUUAAUGUAAACAGUGAUCAACAAGACCCUGCCAAGUUCUUUAUCUACCAGAAGAACCUAUUCAACCGCCUGCUGCUGCCAGCCACUGUGGCCGGUCCCAGUUAUCUCAACGUGCAGUUCCUGCGGUCGCUGUGGAAUAUGUUUGGAAAUAUAUCCUCAUCCCAAGGACAGGUGCUGCUCAUUUUCUCAGAUGGUCUUGGGGAUGAAAACGCCAUGAUGCUCGAACAAUAUUCUGACGAGCUCAGGGCAGCAGGACUUGAUGCUCUGCUGGUGGUGUCCCUGAACACAGCUGUUCACGAGGACUUUUCUUACUUUGAGUUUGGAAAAGGCUUUGAUUAUAGGACUCACCUAAACAUUGAAAUGAGUGACGUGGGCACGAUGCUGGCACGGUUUCUGGGAAACACUGCUGAGAGGAUUUGUUGCUGUGUAUUUUGCAAGUGCGUAGGGCCGCGAGGAGAUCGUGGGAUUCCAGGACAACAGUUGGAGAAGGGACUUCCAGGUCUCAAAGGCAGCAGAGGUCACAGGGGAGAGGAUGGAGACCCUGGAACAAGGGGAGAAAUAGGACCUACAGGAGAAAAGGGCACUGCAGGAUGUUCAGGGGAAAGGGGCCCGAAGGGAAUCAGAGGCAUGACUGGACAUAAGGGAGAACCUGGAGAGCAUGGGAUUGAUGGGGUCGAUGGCGAAGACGGAUUUCAUGGAUUACCUGGGGUAAAGGGAGAAAGAGGUGACCCAGGAUCUGAGGGAAGCCCCGGUUCCAGAGGUCCCCCUGGGGUGCGUGGAGAGAAAGGAUUCCCAGGAAAUCCAGGUCAACCAGGAAGAGACAGUCCCAUCAAAGGACAAAAGGGUUCCAAAGGAGAACAAGGCAGACAGGGUAGAACCGGCCAGAAAGGGGCAAAAGGCAGUCCGAAUUCCAGAGGAAUCAGGGGAAGGGAAGGCCAAAGGGGGAGCCCAGGUGCCCAGGGGGAGCCAGGAAAUCCUGGACCGAAAGGGGAACUCGGAGCUGAAGGAUUACAAGGCCCACAGGGAAUCCGUGGACCUCCUGGAAGGAAAGGAGAGAAGGGAGCCCACGGACAUAAAGGGCCUCAGGGUCCUCCUGGCUCUGCGGGGCUGAAAGGAAGCAUUGGAAGUCCUGGAGCUUUGGGGAAAAAAGGAGAACCUGGAGCUCUUGGAAGUCCAGGGCCAUUGGGACAAAUGGGACAACGAGGAAAACAGGGAGAUGAUGGCAUCCCACGUUAUGGUCAGAUGGGCCGAAAAGGAAUCAAGGGCCCAAGAGGAUUCUCUGGAGAGAUGGGAGAAAAGGGUAGUGUUGGUGAGCCUGGAACUCCUGGAGUACCCGGACACAAGGGAUUUAAGGGACGAACACAUCUGACAGGCUCCAAAGGUGAAGAGGGAUCUCGGGGAAGCCCUGGCCCUCCUGGUCGGAAAGGUCCUAAAGGCAUGCCAGGGGUGUCUGCCUACUCUCUAUGUGAGCUGAUUCAGUUCAUGCGGAACACUAGUUCUUGUUGGAGAGAGAGGUGUCCAGUGUAUCCAACAGAGCUGGUAUUUGCCCUAGACCAAUCCAUUGACAAUGAAGAAUCAAGAUUUAAGGAAAUGUGUGACCACAUCAUUUCCAUUGUGGAGAGCCUUCACACCAGGACAAAUAACUGUCCUGUGGGAGCAAGAGUGGUGGUGGUUUCCUAUGGUUUACACACCCAUUAUCUUAUCCGUCAGUUUGACUACCACAGCAAGAAACAACUCCUCCAACUUCUUUCCCAGAUUAAAUAUCAACCCCCGACAGGACCCCAAGACAUCGGUAGUUCAAUGAGGUUUGUGGCCCGGAACGUGUUCAAGAGGACCCCUGCUGGGGUCAAUGUGAGGAGGGUGGCCGUGUUUUUCAGCAAUGCACGAAAUGUCAGGAUGUCAUCGAUCAUCACAGCCACCAUGGAGUUUAGUGGCCUUGACAUCAGUUUGGCAGUCAUUGCUUUGAAUGAAAGGAUCUUCUUCCAGGCUUUUGAGUUUGACGACACUGGGAUGUUUCAAGUGAUCCCCAGUUCUCCGGGAUUGGAAUAUACAUUAGAAAGACUUCAGCGCUGUACACUUUGCUAUGAUAAGUGUUUUCCAAAUCCUUGCACCAGAGAGACUGUUUUGCCUGAAGAUUCAUUCAUGGAUGUAGCCUUUCUCUUAGACAAUUCUCGGAAUAUAGCAAGUGAUGAGUUUAAGGCUUUGAAAACCUUAAUGAUCUCAAUACUUGACAACUUUAAAAUUGCUUCAAACCCUUCAAGCCCAAGGUCUCGAGGCGACAGGAUUGCCUUGCUGAGCUACUCUCCUUGGGCUAGGUCCAGUGCAAUAAACAUAGAGUUUAACUUUACAGCUUUAAGCAGUCAAGAUCAAAUGAAGAACCACAUCCAGAAUAACCUCCGUCAGCUAAAUGGAGAAGAAAACAUUGGCUAUGCCUUAAGGUGGAGCAUGAUGAAUCUCUUUCCAAGUACACCAAACUUGAGAAAACACAAGGUCUUCUUUGUGGUGUCAGCUGGAGAAAAUCUAGAGAGAAAAGAUGCCUUAAGGAGGACUGCCCUGAAGGCUAAGUGUCAAGGCUAUGUCAUAUUUGUGAUUUCCCUGGGCUCGACACCUGUGGACUACAUGGAAGAGUUAGCCAGCUACCCACCUGAUCAUCAUCUGAUACAACUUGGGAAAAUUCAUAAACCAGAGCUGGAUUAUGUUGUGAGGUUUUUAAAGCCAUUUGUAUACUCAGUCAGACGACAAUUCAAUAAAUACCCACCACAAAUGCUCGAGGAUGACUGCAGACGCGAAUCGGAAAGAGGGGAUUACGAUCGCUUCUUUACUCCAGAGCCACCGGAGAUUUCUUCCGGAGAGAGCAGCAGCUUUGUUCAGGAACUAAGUGCUGAAAGAAACUUGCCUUUUGUGUUAGAGGACAAUGGAAGUAACCGUUUAGUUUACAUUCCAAAUCACAUGGUAAUGCCACAGGAAUUGAUGAUUAAAUAUGAAAAAGAUCAGAAUUCUGAAGAAAUGUCAAGCCUUCAUUCUGAACUUGAAAAUCAUGACAGAGAAGAGCUUGGAGCUGUCCCUCUUCAAGACUACUACAUGGAUGUGGCUUUCCUUCUAGAUGCUUCCCACGGCAUAGGAAACGAUGACUUUAAAGAAGUGAUAGAUUUCAUAAUCUCAGUGCUUGAUUACUUUCACAUCUCCCCAAAUCCAUUGUUCUCCAACUUAGGAGACAGAGUGGCAGUCCUGAGUUAUUCUCCUCCAGGUUAUAUGCCCAACACUGACGAAUGCCCCGCGUACCUGGAAUUUGAUUUGCUAACUUAUAACAGUAAAUACCAAAUGAAAAAUCAUCUUCAAAACUCUGUUCAAAAACUCAAUGGAGAUGUUUUCAUUGGUCAUGCUCUGCAGUGGACAAUCGACAAUGUUUUUGUUGGGACACCCAACCUGAAGAAAAACAAAGUCAUUUUUGUUAUUUCUGCUGGUGAAACCCACCCUUCAGACAAAGAAGUCUUAAGAAAUGUAUCUCUGAGAGCCAAGUGUCAGGGCUACACCAUAUUUGUGUUUUCCUUUGGUCCUACACACAAUUACCAGGAAUUAGAAGAAUUAGCCAGCUACCCACUGGACCAUCACUUAGUCCAGCUUGGCCGAAUCCACAAACCAGAUUGGAACUAUAUCAUCAAGUUUGUCAAGCCAUUUGUCCAUUUAAUCAGAAGUGCCACCAACAAAUACCCUCCAGAACAUCUGAGACCCAAGUGUGUUAAUAUCCUCUCUCGCACCCCAGAAGAUAUUGGCACAGAAAACAAUGUAUACUUUAUUCCUGGGAUGUAUGAAGUACAGACAGAAAACAGUGAGCUCUAUGAUGAAUUUGACUCCCAGGAGCAACAUUUUCUUUUAUUGGAGAAUGAUGACAGUAAUGGUCCUGAGACCACUAAUGAUUUGAUCCAGAAAUUAUACAUGUUCCUUAAAACUGGGGAACAAAUGAUGAAACACAAGGAGUCACAGUCCGAAGAAAUUGCAGCUCCAGGAAAUGAUAAACAAUAG